AUGUUACGAACAUUAUUACUCAUUAUCUACUUAACUGAUUCUCACGUCCAAAGUGUUCAAAUUGAAUAUCCACCGAGUGGACAUAUUACAGAGCGUAUACGUACAGAUCUUGAUUCAGUUGAUCGAAUUUUCCGAUACUAUCUUGUUCCUCGUGAAAUUCAAUUUCAUGCCGAUGCGUUACAAGGUCGACUGUCAUUUUUUCUGCAAUGUAAAGGAACGACAAAUACUCUCAAUUUUACUAUUCCUGCAGUAGCAAAUGACCACUUAUCUCUUGAUAUGAAUAAUAACACUUAUACAAUCACUGCUACAUUAAGAAGAGAGAAAUUUCGUACCGAACUUGUUGGACGUUAUACGUGUUCAGAAAUCACUAAUGGUCAACGAUCUGAAACAUCCGUCUAUGUAUUUAUUCAAGAUGGAACUUCUGUAUUUACUAAAAGACUUUAUCCUAAAGUUUUGCGAGAAACAGGUAUGCAUUUUUUUAAUUUACCAUGUCAAACGUCAAGUUGGUUUCCACGAAUGUCAUGUCCGAUGCCAAAAGACGCAAGUCAAUGUAAAUUACGUCAAUGCAGUUCAAGAGAACGUGAAGUGAAUGAACUUAAAUGUAAUACGCCUAUGUGUGAUGGAGUAGAUGUAUGUAUUCCAGUUUACUAUACACCAUUGGAUUUGCAACCUGCAAAAGUAUUUUUCGAUCCUCAAAUUGGUUUUGCAUUAGAACAUCCAAACAUUCCAAAAACACUAUCUGAAUUCUCGUGUAUGAGUAAUUAUACGCCGAGUCAAAUAUCAAAAGUUCCAUAUGAUUCAUUCGAUCCUGAUUAUAUUGCAAUUCAUCAAUCAAGUUUAACUAUCAUGUCUGAUGAAACUCUCCGAUUGAGUUGUGAAAUUCAAUAUGGAACAAAAGUUGGCCGAAAAAUACCAAGCAUUUUUUGGUUUGAAGAUAUUUAUAAUCUUAAUCUUAUAGCAAAUGAAACUGAAAAAGCUUCAUUUAAUCCAUUUACACAAGUCUACAAUCGAAAUAGCUCAAUAACUCUUCGUGGUUUCAAGCCAGAUAAAUCUUAUCGUUUUUAUUGUGUACGUGUAUCUGAGCAAGGAAUUUAUUCGCGUUCUGUUGAUAUUAUAUGUGUUGAUAAGCCAUCACUUGAUCUUGAAGUAUCUUCAGGUGAAUCAGAUACUGCUCAGCCAGUGUCUUAUGGAUCAGAUAGCAAAUAUGAUAUAACUAUUUUUACUAUUCCACGCUCGAAAAUUCGUAUUGAAAUAACACGUAAUGGAAUUUCAUUGGGAAAUGAUAAACGUUUUGUACUCAAUUCUAUAUCGGAUCGUGAUAAUCAAUUUUAUGAAUAUGAAUUAACUAUACAUAAUAUUACAUUUGAAGAUGAAUCAAAUAUAAUGAUUACAGCCAAAUCAUCUGCAUCAGAAAACACUAAAAUCAUUAAACCAACUGUUACUGGUAAUCCGGUUGGCCAAUUUUCUUUUAUGUCAAAUGAUAUUCAACGUACAAUGCCAUGGCGUGAUGAAUAUGACAAAGAUAAAAUAAACAUUCAUACCUAUGGUAUUUAUGAAAGUGAAUUAUAUCGUGUCGUUUGUACGGUUCGUCAUCGUGCUGAUAUACAGCAACCAUUGAAAGUAUUUAUUCAUGAUGUCCAAUGUGCAGUUGAUCAUUGUCUAUCGGAUAUUAUUGAUAAAACAUGUCAAGUGUCACCCAAUUUACGCGUAUUAUCAACAGGAUCAAAUCGUAUAACUAGUUUUCAAACACAAUUUGUCAGUACUGAUGCACAAAUAAUUGAUGACCCAUCAAUAGGUCAUCAAUAUAUUUGUUGUUAUGAACAAAAUGGAUUAGUUCUAAUUGCGAAAUCAUUAACAGCAUUAGCACGUAGUCGUGAUAUGUUUACUGUACAUAAACCAGAAUUUAGUUUAGUUACUGGAGAUAUUUUAAAAUAUAGAUGUGAAGGCCAUGAAUUAAUUUAUGAUGAUCUUAAAAUGGUUUAUGACGAUGGUUUAUUUACAUAUGAAAGACAUCGUUUUGAUGCCGAAUGGAUUCUAAUUCAAAGUAAACAGCCGAAACAAACUGAUCUCGAAUGGUUAACCCCUACAAGUGAUACUAUUCGAGAUACAGUUAUUGAAGUAAAAACACUACCAUUGAGAAAAAUUGGCAAGAAUGGCUUUAUUCAAUGUAUAGCUUUAUCUAAACGAUUGGAUGUGAUUGGAAAUAUGAAUGAUACAUACAUAAUUCAAGUAGAUGAUCCUGUACCAUUAAGAUUUAAAACGAAUGCGCCAACAUCGCUUAAAUUAGAACGAAAAGAGGGUACAAAUGUUGAAUUUGAUUGUUCAUACGAUGGACAACCCAAACCAAAAGUUACAUGGCUAAAAGAUAAAGUACCAUUGACAAGUGAUGAUUCAACAUUACAACUUCGUGAUACUAAUGGAAGUAUUCAUAUCACUCGUGUUCAAACAUCUGAUACUGGUUUUUACACAUGUGAAUUAAUAAAUGGUCGUGAUUCGGUUUUACGUCGAAGUUUUGAUUUACGUGUUAAAACUUCAUAUAUUUAUUCAAAAUAUCGUCGAUUAAUAGCUGUAUUUGUAAUAUUAUCUGCAUGUGUAAUACUUAUUCUACUUAUUCUACUUAUUGUUUUGCUUGUCAAAUAUUAUAAAAUGAAAAAAAUUGUUGACACAAGUAUUUUUCAUAUUCAACAACCGGAUGAACCCGAGGAUAAAUCUAAGCCGCCGAUGUCACAAUUAACGCGUAUACGAUUACCAGAUAAUUUUGCAUCAAGACAACAAGUUCGUACAUUACUUAGUUAUGUUAAUGGUGAUACACUACCAGAAGCAAAAGAAGAUUUUAAAGAACUUGGCCACGGUCAAUAUGGUAUUGUUUAUCAAAUACGUCUACCAGAGGUUGGUCUUGUUGCUGCAAAACUAUUACCAGAAUCGAUACGUAAUAUUGAGCGUCGUCGUGAUAAACGUAAAAAAGGUGAAGAACUUGAAGAGAGUCAAGAGAUGAUUGAAAAAAAACAUGAGGCUCAAAAGAAAAAAGCCGCUGAAAUGUUAAUUGAUGAAAUUAAAGUUAUGCAUAAAGCUGGUAAACAUGUUAAUAUUGUUUCAUUACUUAAAGUUGCAUAUCCGGAAACAAAAAUAAAAUACGUAAUAACAGGUGGCCUUAUACGUGAUGAAGAUUCAUUCUAUUUAAUGGAAUUAUGUUCAAAUGGUUCACUUGAAUCAAUGCUUAAACGUUUUCUUCAACCAUCAACAAAUACAUCAGAAACAAAACUAUCAUUGUAUGAAACACUUGCUAAACAAAAACAACAAGGAAUGACAGUUGCAGAAGCAAAUGAUUCAUGUAUAUUAACAGAAGAUGAUUUAACAUUAAUUGGUUAUCAAGUUGCUUGUGGUGUUGAUUAUUUAAAUCGACGACAAAUAGCUCACUGUGACAUUGCUGCAAGAAAUGUUUUAGUUAGUUCGAGAUUUACUAUGAAAAUAUGUGAUUUUGGUUUGGCAACAUGGACAACAUAUAAAAAUUAUCGUGAGCAACUCGCACAAAAUGAUAGUGUUCAAAUUCAAAAGAAACAUAAUGAAAUAGCAACACAUAAUUUAACACCAGAACUAGCUCGAGCUAUUUUACGUGCAUCAAAUCCUGAUGAACGUAUUUUACUUAAUAAAUCAUCGAUCAAAUCCGAUGUCUGGUCAUUUGGAAUAUUUCUUUGGACUUUAUUUCUUAAAUGUCGAGUUCGACCAUUUCAUCAACUUUUGGCAGAAAUAGAAAAUCAACCUGGUGGAGAAAAUUUUUUUCAUCGACUUGCUCGUGUUGUUAGUGACGGUCGUGUUCUGAAAUAUCUUAGACAUCAACAAGAAAUUCCAGGUCAAAUUUAUGCUAUUAUUCGUGAAUGUCUUGUGGACGAGAAUCAUCGACCAGAAAUGACACGAAUUCGUGCUCUCUUAUGUCAUUCAAAAAUGUUAUCAAAACAAGCGUUUGGAUAUUAUCGAACCGAAUAUAAUCGUUAUCAAGAAGAAAAUGCAACAGAUGAAGAUAUUUUGCGGUUUGGUGACGAACAAGGUUUUAGUGAAUUACCAUCCUAUGAUGAUAAUAGUAAUCCGUCACCCCAUUCUAUUCAUAAUAAUGAUGUUACAUAUCGUCCAACAUCACCAAGUGAUUAUUAUCCGACAGCAAGUGAUAAAACAUCUAAUACAUAUUUAUCGCAAUCAGACAGAGAUUAUCCUCAACAAGAAAACGAUUCAUAUUUAACACCAACACCAACAACAACAACAACAACAACGAGAACAAAUGAUAACAAUCAACAGCGAACAAUAGCUGGUAAUGUUUCUGAUAAACUAUUGCCAUUAAUUAAUAAAUUUAAUAACAUUCCGAUACAACCCACGACUGACUCAAGUGUUCCUCGAGUUAUUCCACGAGGUCGUGCACCAUUGAGACCAACUUCAGUACAUCCACCACCACCACCGCCGCCAAACGAUAACGAAGGACCUGAUAGUUAUGUGUAA